GUCAGUCGUCAGUUUUUCUUCAGUGGCUUCGCGCGUCCGCAAUUUUCAGUGUGUGGUGCGUUGUUGCUGCUGCCUACUCUUUUUUCUUUCUGCUCUCCACGGCAGCGGGAAAGGAAAAAUACAUACACAUGCAUACAGGGCCCCAUCACAUACAGUAAAAAUAAAUUCAACUUUAUUGCUUUUCCCCCGUCGCGUUAUCGUGCGUGUGUGUGUGUGUGCCACUGUAUUUUAUACAUAUAUAUAUUUUAUUAUGUAUAUGUAUAUAUGGCUUGGAAAAGCAACACCAAAAUUUGAUAUGUGCAAAGUUUAUUGACGACUACGUGCUGCCUGUGAUUCUAUUUCGCAUAACUGCUGACACACAAAACAAAAACUGAAAGAAGAACCGAAGGCGAAAGCAGUUUUAUUUUCGUUUAGACACCCCACUCUGUACCCCUAAGUUUUGCCCAUUGUAAAUCACCAAACGAGUGGCGAAAAAACCGCAAAUCAGAGAGAGAGCUCAACGUUCGGCCCCAAGGACGUGGGCCCAAACCCCCAGGAACCCCCAUUCAACCAUCAUCCAAACAAAAAAUCCCCUUAAGACACCAAAAUGGAUGACGAUCAGCAGUUUUGUUUGCGGUGGAACAACCAUCAGAGCACACUGAUCAGCGUGUUCGACACGUUGCUGGAGAACGAGACUCUAGUCGAUUGCACGCUAGCCGCCGAGGGCAAAUUUCUCAAGGCCCACAAGGUGGUGCUGUCAGCAUGCAGUCCCUACUUUGCUACCUUACUACAAGAACAGUACGACAAGCAUCCCAUUUUCAUACUCAAGGAUGUCAAGUACCAAGAGCUGCGCGCCAUGAUGGACUAUAUGUAUCGCGGCGAGGUCAAUAUUUCGCAGGAUCAGCUGGCCGCUCUGCUCAAGGCCGCAGAAUCGCUGCAGAUCAAGGGUCUGUCGGACAAUCGCACUGGUGGCGGAUCAGCCCCCAAGCCAGAGUCCUCCGGACAGCAGCAUCAUCGCGGCGGCAAGCUGAGCGGUGCCUACACACUGGAGCAGACGAAGCGCGCCCGCCUGGCCACCGGCGGAGCGAUGGACGCGUCCGGUGAUGUGUCCGGUUCGCGUGAGGGCUCCUCGAGUCCGUCGCGUCGGCGUCGAAAAGUUAGACGUCGCAGCAUGGAGAAUGAUGCCCACGACAACUCCAACUCGUCCGUGUUACAAGCCGCCGCCUCGAAUCAGUCAAUCCUCCAGCAGACAGGCGCCGGUCUGGCCGUCUCCGCUUUGGUCACCACCCAAUUGGCCAGCGGACCGGCAGCCGGAACCAGCAGCCAAGCGUCGUCGACCCAGCAACAACAGCCAUUGACCAGCACCAACGUUACCAAAAAGACUGAAAGCGCUAAACUAACAUCCUCGACAGCCGCCCCAGCGAGCGGAGCAUCUGCGUCAGCGGCCGCCGUACAACAGGCCCAUCUGCAGCAGGCGCAGGCCACAAGCGAUGCCAUUAACACCGAGAAUGUACAAGCCCAGAGCCAAGGUGGCGCCCAAGGCGUCCAAGGCGAUGAUGACGAUAUGGAUGAGGGCAGUGUCAUUGGUGGAUCAAGUGCCGCCAGUGGACCCAAUCCCGCCUCCGCCUCUGCAUCCGCCGUCCAUGCCGGAGUUGUGGUUAAGCAGCUGGCCAGCGUUGUGGACAAAUCGUCGUCGAAUCACAAACAAAAGAUCAAAGACAACAGCGUGUCAUCAGUGGGCUCUGAUAUGGUUAUUGAACCCAAAGCCGAAUACGAUGACGAUGCGCAUGAUGAGAACGUUGAGGAUUUGACACUGGACGAGGAGGACAUGACAAUGGAAGAGCUGGACCAGACGGCCGGCACCAGCCAGGGUGGCGAAGGAUCUAGUCAAACAUAUGCAUGGCAACACGACAGAUCUCAGGAUGAACUUGGACUAAUGGCACAGGAUGCACAGCAACGGGAUCCUCAAGCUCCAAGUAGCUAUGCCUCAAACUCAAGCCAAACUCCGCCACCCACGGGUGGUGGUGGGACAUCGGCCAGUUCGGCGCAGUCCCUUAUACGCGACUACUGGUACGAGCUAAAGUUCUCCGAUCUGUUCAAGUUCAUAAAUCCGGAUGGACGUUACCAGUGCCCGAGAUUCAAUUGCCUGAAGAGCUACAAGGACGCCAGCUCGCUGCAACGACAUAUCAGAUAUGAAUGUGGUGGACAGAAAAAAUUUCGCUGUCUGAUGUGCGGCAAAGCAUUUUCACAAAGCUCCCACCUAAAGCGACACCUUGAGAGCGGUGUCUGUGUCAAAUAUUACUUAUGAGAUAAUGUUUUCUUUAAAAUCAAAUAGAAUAAGCGUUAUCCCAAUAGGCAGUUGAUUAACUGAUGAUGAACAAAACAUGAUUAUAUAUAUACAACCCUAUAUAACAAACAAACACACACACAACAACACAACAACAAGAACAAAAAAUGAUAUAUAGAACAAUUAGAUAAAAGAUAAAGAUAAAAAAUGAAGGAAAAACCAAGAACAAUUACAAAUAACAAACAACAAAACGAAUUUAUUGGAUGCCACAUCAUUUAUAAAGAAAAAAGAUAUAGAAAAAGGAUAGAAAAAACAACCAAUCUAUAUAGUAUAUAUAUAGUAUAUAUAUAUGAUGAGAAUUAUUGUUGAAACUGAGCAUUAAUGAAACAAAAACAAAAAACGGAAUACUUAGUUAAAGAACAAAAACGAAAUAUUUAACAAGCUAGAACAACAAUAUAUAUACACAUAUAUAGAAGCAGUCAGUGAACAUUUUAUAGGAUUUUAGUAAAAUGUAAAACCAGAUUAAACAAAAACCUAAGAAAAAGAAAACCAACAAAAAAAUAAAAGAAACUAAACUAAGGAAUAGAGAACAGAGAGGCAAACAAACAAACAAAUAAACAAAAACAGAAACAGAAAACAUACACGCAAGGAAGCUAAGAGCAAAACAAUUUUAGUCAAACUAACCAAAACUACGUAAUUUUAGUUAAAGAAUAUAUAUAUAUAUAUAAUAAUAUAGAAACUAAACAAAAACUUAGUGAAAUUAACAACAAAAAAUGAAAAUAUAUAUAAUAUAUAUAUAUAUAUAUAAAAAGAAACAACCGACGACAGAAACAGAAAUGCAUAUAACAAAACGUACUGUGUUUAUUUGUUGCCAAAUAUAUAUCUAUUAUAUAUAUAUAUUAAUGAAAAUAAUAUAUAUAUAAAUUAUAAUUAAUACGAUUCUUGUUAUGCCACACACAGCCACGAAAAUUCAAACUGAAAAAAAAACCUGAAAAAAUCCAAAAGUGGAAUGACAUCAAAAACAAUAAUAAUAAUUACAGAGCAAGAAAAUCAUCAAACAACUAUAUAUGUUAACUGUUUAAGUUGUUAUUAAUUAUGACAGGUACAUUUACAUACAUAAACAAAACACACACACACACACACUCUCCGGAGGCCUCACUGUACUUCUUGGCCAGUUAGAAAAAGUCUCAUAGAGUCAGAGUCAAGUUUGGUUUAGUAGGCGAGGGAGGGAGUCAUCAGAAGUUAAGGGAUUGCAGGAAGAUUUGUUACAUGGUUCCAAGAACGAAAGAAUAGUAAAACAAAAACAAGAGUUUAUAUACAUAUAUACAAGAAAACCAAAACAUAUACAUAUGAGGAAACAACCACAUCUACAUAAAAAUAUAUACAUAUAGAACUAUAUAUAUAUAUAAUGCUAUAUUAGCAAAAAUGUUGUCUGUUGAACAAAAAAUAAGUAAAAAAAAAAAAAAAGUUGAUAUUAAGGAAAGGGAAAAUUGUUAAGAAGUCAUUGAAGCUGAGAUGUUGGUAAAAGAUAUACUCACAUCGCCAAAAAAAAAUAUAUAAAUGUAUGAGUGGAUGUGUGUGUGUGUGUGCGUGUGCCAAUUGGUUAAAGAGAUUUUGUACCAGAAAAAAACAAAAAAAAAACAAAAGAAGAAAAUAGAACAUUUUGUGCCAUUAGAAAUUCUCCACCAAAACUGAAAAAAAUGUAAAAGAAAAGCUGCUUUAGACGAAGAGGAAGACGAAGACGAUGAAGCCAUAGAUGAGAUCGAACAAUAUACUCAUAUAUAUAGAUAUAUAUGUAAACCAAUAUGAUUUGUUGUUGCAUUCAAAGAAGAAGAAGAAGAAAAGGGAUACGUUUAACAAUUCUGUUGACAAGUGUAAUUUAUAGUAAAAUUUUGCGUUGUUGUUAGUUCAAAGAUUGAGUUUUAGUGACAAAUUUUUGAAGGCAAAAAAAAAGUGACAACUAAAUGCUAUGAGAGUGCCAUUAUCAAACAAAUUUUUAAUAUAUAAAUUAUUGAAAUUAUAUGAGAAUAAAUAAAUAUAUAACCUAAGAAGGAGGCAACUAAACAUAAUUUCUAGUUAGGCAAAGCAGUUAGAAAAAGAAAGUAAGGAGAGCGCGCAGGAUAUAUAUUGUUUGUUGCUUGUUGAUUGUUAAUCUUUGGGUUGCAGAUAAUAAACCUACGCAUAUAUGCAAACACAUACAUACAUGUAUAUGACAGUACAAUAAAACAAAUAUUAAUUAUAUUAAAAACAGAUUAAAAACCAAAAUAAAAAAUAUAAGAAACCAACAGCAAUAGAGCAAAAACUGUAUGAACUCGAAUGAACUAGACAAAUUAUACACAGUACAGUAUAAAGGGAAAAAUUAAGAGAAAAUUAAUAUAUAAAAACGAAAUCAAUUAUAGUGAAGUACUAACUGCAGUUUAAAACCAGAUAUUGACACUAAAACUUAAGUAGCCCACGAAAUUAACUAAAAUUAUUAAUUAGUCGUGAUAUUUAAUGAGACAAUUUCUUGUAUUUUUUUUUGUGGCAACUAUUUUUUCUGACCCUCUUUUUCUAUUAAUAGUUGGCUAUUUAGUUUUAGUGUCAAUCGUUGGUAUUAUAGCACAUGUUCACCUCCCCCUUGCUGACCCCCACCUCCGUUAAUAAACUAAUAUACCAAAGGCAAAUUUUUUUGAUUGAUUUAAUUCAAUUUGUUUACAAAAUUCUGCCACAAGUGCAAUACUUCAAAAGUUUGCUAACAAUUUGUCUUGUGCGGCUAUUUGCCAAAGUCAAUUUUUGAAAUGAAUAGUCUAAAAAAAAAACAUUUUUUAAACUGAAAUUAAAAAAAAAAAAAAAAAAAAAAAAACCAACCAAUCGAACAAGACAAAUUGUAGGACUUUUUGAGGAAAAUAGGGAAAAUAUGGCUUUCAAAUUAGUUAAAAAAGAAAGAAAAAAAAGAAAAAUUGAAAUUCAAAUUUGAGAAUUAUUCGCUUUAUGUUUUAUUUUAUUUGUUAAACUAAUGUACUAAGACCUUGUUGCGAGUAGCUAAAUUAUUAUUAUUAUUUUUUGCUGUUAAAGUUUAGAAAAAAAGGGAAUGUGUGGAAGCAUCAAAUGUUUCGAAAUAACUUUUUUUUGUUAAAUCGUUUUUCUUUAAAUUAGUUUUAACAACACUGUUUUAAUAUUAUUAUUAUUAUUAUUAUUAUUAUUACUAUAUACAAAUAUAUAUAUUAUAUCGUUUCACCACUUUAAUUUAACCAGAGAACUCUUUAUGUUUUAACUUUUGUUAUAUUGUUAAUUAAUAUUUAUCGACUAAGCAAGAGCAGAAGAAGAAAACCGUUUGCAAGAAAAAGUAAGAAGAAAAAAAACCGAAAAAAAUUAGAAUUAACUUAUAAGUAAGUUACAAAAUAAUGAACAAAAUAUACUCCAAAGAAACCAACCAAAAAUAUAUAUAUAUAUAUAUAUAUACACACAUAUAUACAAGGACAUAUACAUAUACCAAUAUAUAUAUAUUUUAGACGAAAAAAAACUGAACAAAGCAAAAGAAACAGCAAAAACCAGACAAGAAAAUGUUUUAGUAAAAGUGUAUUUGGAACAAGGAAAUUGCCAUAAAACAGUCUAAAAAGGGAUUAACGAAUAUAUAUAUAUAUAUAUUAUAUAUAUAUAUAUGUUUAAUCAAACCAAAAACAAUAAUUACCAGAACAAGAACAACCAAGAACAAGCAGAAACCAUGUAAGGGAAAAGUUGAAUUGUAACGAAAGUUGUUUAUUUUUUGUAGCGUAAUAUUUAACAACAAUGAAACCGAGUAAUUGAUAAAUGAUAUAUAUACAUAUAUUUAUUGUUAACGAAACCACGGAAAAGGCGAAAUUAUGAAACAAAUUUAUACAACAACAAAAGAAGGAAUAAUAAUAAACAGAAAAGCGAGAAAAACUUUCA